AUGGGCCCCCGUACCGACUCCUCAUGCUGCUGCCAGGCCUGUAAUCUGUCAUGGGCCCCUGUACCACCUCCUCAUGCUGCUGCCAGGCCCGUAAUCUGCCAUGGGCCCCCGUACCGACUCCUCAUGCUGCUGCCAGGCCCGUAAUCUGUCAUGGGCCCCUGUACCGCCUCCUCAUGCUGCUGCCAGGUCCAGAGUGUGUCAUGGGUCCCUGUACGGCCUCCCAUUGCUGCUGUCUCCAUCGCCACACUCUGCCAUGUGCCACUUUCAGGUCUCCUCACACUGCUGGUGGGUUCCAUUUUGUCAUAGGGUGCUGGCAGAUUACGGGCCUCCCCAUUGCUGCUGCCAGGCCCGUAAUCUGCCAUGGGCCCCCGUACCGACUCCUCAUGCUGCUGCCA